AUGGAAUCAAAAAAAUUCACGAUUCCUCCUAAAGAUAUGUAUGACUACUUUUCAUCAGCUCCUUUCACAACCCGCACAUUCAUUGAGUUUCUGCGUCAGCUCGAUUUAGAGCAGAAACUAAGGAAUCUACCACAAUUCGCUCAGGAUCAUGCAAAAAAGUUGUUGAAAGAGCUAUCUGAACAUGAUUACAAGUUGCUUGAACAAGUUCGAAACAAACAUGUCUCAAUUGGUGGUGCUGAUGUUAUUAGAGUGCAAAAAGAAUAUAAGGUAGACGAAGAAUUAUUGGAAGCUUCUACAGAGAAAAAGCGAAAAGACAAGGACAAAGUGACACUGGCACCACCCACAAAAAGAUCAUCGUACUCACCAUCUCCAUCUGAAGUGGAAGAAUUACCUUCGCUGACAACUGAUUCAGUUUUUAAUGAGGAACCCAUUACACAGGCACAAGAAACUUUAGAAAAUAAGAUAGUUGUAUUUUCACCUGCGUUUAAUACGAUAAAAAAUGUCUUCUCACCUUUCGAAUAUGUGCACAGAUCAGAACAAUUAGAACUAGAAGACACAAAAACAAUUCCUUCGAUAAUUGUAAAUGAGGUAAAUGAACAAGUUAUAGGAAUGAUGAAUCUGGUUUAUAAUGUUUCAGAUGGAUUUUGCAAAUAUCAAAUUAGUAAUAUUGAUAAAUUAGUGGUUGGCGAAACUUUUAACUUUUCAUCAAACAGUGAGGCGAUCUUGUCCCUUCAUAAUAUCAUGUUUAUUGACUCAACAACGAUGAAAAAACCUCCGUAUCUAGAUAUAGAUGAUGAACGAAAAUGGCGUAUUUCUAUACGUCAUCCAAAGCAAUAA